CUCCCUUAUCCAACGGUCUAGGAAGAUAUGUCUGCCAGCUGCAGAGAUUGACGCUAAAAUUUUGCAAAUCCCGUUCCGAUAAUAAAGGAAUGAGGGAUUUUAUCGAAGAGGGACUUGUUGACUUCGCUCGGAAAAAUCCCGGCACUGUUGUUUAUGUAAAACCUCGAAGGCACCGAGCUCCCCUAAUUGUGGCAGAAUAUUGUAUGUGCAAACUUAGUAUUAUCUACUUUGAUAGUAAAUGGAAAUAUUCAAUACGUUCGAGCAGCAAAAAUGGAGAAGGCCGAGCUUGCUUCCUGGAUUAA